AUGUCGUCAACAACCUUCCUUUCGGUCAUGGCCGGUUUAUCCGGUAUCGUGGUUUUCGGAGCUCUCAUCUCCGUUUUCCACAUCUACUCUGAUAUCAACUCUUUCGUUGAUGAGGCUCAUCGUGAGCUUGGUGCUUUCAGAGGAGUCGCUAAUGAUGCCUGGAACUCGAUGGUGAACCACGACGAUUCUGCUCGUGUUGCUCGUAGCGUUUUCGGACGCCGCCAAAAAAAACAAUCCCAAUGCAACUGUGGACCACAAGCUUCCAACUGCCCAGCUGGACCACCAGGACCACCAGGAGCCUCUGGAGAUAGAGGACUUGACGGACAGCCAGGACCAGCCGGAAAGCCAGGAGCACCAGGAGUUGCAGGACCAGCUCAUCACCAGAAGCAAGAGUGCAUCAAGUGCCCACAAGGAGCCCCAGGACCAGCCGGAUCUCCAGGAGCCCCAGGACCAAAGGGACCAAAUGGAAAUCCAGGAGCCCCAGCUCAAGGUGGAGGUCAAGGACCACCAGGACAACAAGGACCAGCUGGAGAUGCUGGAGCACCAGGACGCCCAGGAGCUCCAGGAAACCCAGGACAAGCUGGAAGAGGAGGACAACGUUCCCGCGGAACCCCAGGGCCAGCCGGACGUCCAGGACCACAAGGGCCAGCAGGAGCUCCAGGACAGCCAGGAAGCGGAAGCACUCCAGGACCAGCCGGACCACCAGGACCACCAGGACCAGACGGACAACCAGGACACCCAGGACAAGACGGACAGCCAGGAGCCCCAGGAAACGAUGGAGCCCCAGGAGGAGACGCCGCUUAUUGUCCAUGCCCAGCUCGCAGCUCUGCUGUUUUCCGUCACCGUAAUGUCGCCGUCAACCGUCACCGUGCCGUUGCCAAGAAGCGUGUUGUCGCCAGAAAGCGCGUCGUCGCCAAGAAGCGUGUGGUUGCCGCCAGACGUCACGUCCAAGCAUAA